AUGAACAAAGGGUCGUCCUCCAAUUCUUUAAGAGCGCCUAGCCCGGGUCCACAAGGAAAAGCUGCAAAUGGACCUGAGCAUGAUCUGGGGCAUCGAGGAGAACUGGACAUGUCAGAGAAGUACAAUUACGACCUGAGUAAAGCACAGCUGAAAGCGAGCAGUAGGACAUCCGCACUUCUUGCAGGUUUUGCUAUGGUAAUUGUUUUACUUUCUGCUUACGAAUUAUGUAUUUUUACUUAA